UCCAAUUGACUUCUCUGACGGACGUGUCCUCAUGGCCGGCAUCCUGGUCAGAAAUUUUGUUGGUAGACGCAUUCAUGGGCUUCACGGUGUGCGACCCAGUGCACCGUCGCUAUAUCAUGCUGCCGGCCAUCCCCGUUGACCUGAACGCGCUGGUCCAUAAACGGGAACUCCUCGAAGUGGAGACUUUCCUUGCUCCCGGUGAGGACAAGAAGGACCCCUUGUCAUUCAGGGUGAUAUGCUUGGCGCAAUGCAGAAUGAAUCUGUUGCUUCUGGUCUUCUCCUCACUGAAUGGACAAUGGCAUGUUCUUACUUAUGACCAAUGGGGUACGUCGGCCACACUUGCUUCAUUUGUGAAGUCUGAUCCUGGGCUGUCAAGUCGUCAAUUCAUCCGUGGAUGCUUCUAUUGGCAUUUGCAAUUGCAGAACAAAUUACUUGUGCUUGACUUGCGCGCAAUGGAGUUUUCUACUGUCAACCUCCAAUCUGAGUCACUAGGGAGUAAAAGAUUUGUCCUUGUCGAGGCAGAAAAAGGAAUGCUCGGGAUGCUCACUACAGGUAACGGCUAUGAUAAGGACGUCAAAGAUCGCCGAAUUUGGCUCGCGUAUUCCAUUCUGACAAAUAACCAAUGGCAUGUGGAGAAGGUCAUCCCUUUACCGGUAAAGGAUGUGCAUCUAGUUGGUGCAGCCGGGGGAUUCCUGCUCAUGUACACGGUGUACUUAAAAUCUUCACGAGACAAGCUGGAGUUUCGAUACUUUUCGGUGGACCUUAAGACUUUCCAGGUCGAGUUGUUCGCUGCACUUUGUAAGCACUUACCUGGACGACUGUACGCUGAUUUCCCAAACCCACCUGGACGACUAUACGCUGGUUUCCCACCAUCACUGUGUGCGCCAAAUAUAUGA